UGUAAAAUGUAUGUUGCUUUUUCAUAUUCAGCAGGUCAGAAUGGCGGAUGACUUCGACGUUGAGGCCAUGCUGGAAGCUCCUUAUAAGAAGGGUGAAAGCAAGUCCUCUAGCGCCGAUGGUCAUAAUGAGGAACGCAGCAAAAAGAAAAGACGCAGCGGCAGUCGUAGUCCGAGCCCAGGUCGGCAGGGGAGUAGAAGCGGGGGCCACAAGAAGAGCCACGAGCGACGCAGGAGCCGUAGCCGCGAGCAGAAACUUUCACGGAGCAGAGAACAGAAGCGGUCGCGAUCCCGCAGCAAGGAUCGGGGUGGACGUUAUCGUGGACGCAAAACCCCCUUUAUGGGGCCGAAAUUAAAUGGUGGUCCCGGAGGGAAGAUCGGCCCACAACAUUUCACCAAACACAGUCGCAGGCGCUCUCGGAGCAGAAGCCCGUUUAAGAAGGACAAAAGCCCUGUCAGACAACCUUUAGAUAAUCUGAGCCCAGAGGAGAGAGACGCCCGUACAGUGUUCUGCAUGCAGCUCGCUGCCAGAAUUAGACCCAGAGAUCUGGAAGAUUUCUUCUCUGCAGUGGGAAAAGUUCGUGACGUAAGGAUGAUCUCGGAUAGAAACUCUCGGAGGUCGAAGGGCAUUGCCUACAUUGAGUUUGUGGAGGCGACAUCGGUACCGCUGGCGAUCGGCCUGACGGGGCAGAGGGUUCUGGGAGUGCCUAUCAUAGUCCAGGCUUCACAGGCUGAGAAGAACAGGGCAGCAGCCAUGGCCAGCAUGCUUCAGAGAGGUGGUGCAGGACCCAUGCGGCUGUAUGUGGGCUCCCUGCACUUCAAUAUAACUGAAGACAUGCUCAGGGGCAUUUUUGAGCCGUUUGGAAAGAUUGAGGGCAUCCAGCUAAUGAUGGACAGUGAGACUGGCAGGUCGAAAGGAUACGGAUUCAUAUCAUUUGCAGAUGCAGAAUGUGCUAAAAAAGCCCUGGAGCAGCUAAAUGGUUUCGAGCUUGCGGGGCGGCCAAUGAAGGUGGGUAAUGUUACAGAGCGUUCGGAUGCCUCGUCUGCAAGUUCCUUCCUGGACAAUGAUGAACUGGAGAGAACUGGCAUUGACUUGGGCACAACAGGUCGACUUCAGCUGAUGGCAAGACUCGCAGAAGGUACAGGACUGCAGAUUCCUGCUGCUGCUAAGCAGGCCUUACAGAUGAGCGGCUCUGUGGCAUUUGGAAAUCUGGCAAAUGCCUUAACCACACAACCUCUUGUCCCCAAUCCCGGGAUGAACCAAGCUAUGAACCUUCCAAGUCAGCCACUGGCUACGCACUGUUUGCAGCUCUCCAACAUGUUCAGUCCACAGACGGAAAACGAUCCUGGCUGGGACCUGGAGAUAAAGGAUGAUGUCAUCGAAGAGUGCAGAAAACACGGAGGCAUUGUUCACAUAUACGUCGACAAGAACUCUGCUGAAGGAAAUGUUUAUGUAAAGUGUGCAACCAUCCCAGUAGCAAUGGCUGUUGUAAGCGCCCUGCACGGUCGGUGGUUUGCAGGUAAAAUGAUCACAGCUGCCUACGUGCCUCUCCCUGCGUACCAUAACCUGUUUCCAGAUGCUGCCACAGCCACAGAGCCCCUGAGGCCCAUGCACCGGUGAUCCACGGAGUGACCCCUGCUUCGUCUGGAUCCGUACGCUUACCCUACAACCCCUUCCCAAAUGAACAGAGGCAGUCCUUUCAUGGAGGGCCGUCUAAUGUAUGGAGUUGGACUGUAUUUUCAUAUUAUAUUUUAGCAGGGGUGUUGUUCUGCGGUUAGAAUCACCUUCUCUGCGUUUCGCAAGCUUCAGACCAGCUCUCAGCUACAGUGGUCUAUUGAUAAGUGAAAACCUGUAACAUCGUCGCCCUCUCUAGAUGAGCUCUUGACUCCCGAAAACCGGUUUUGAAGGAGAUUCUGGCGUUUUUUGAAAGGUAUUUGAGCAUCUUUCUGUUUGUUUGAUUUUUCUUGUAAGGUUUCUUUCUCUGUUUGGUCUUCAAGUCAAAGUUUUCAUCAGUCUUCAUCUUUCAAUGACAUUCAUUUUCCUUUGUUUCUUCAUUUUUAAGUAACAAAAGACAACAAAAAAAAAGAUUUUUUUUUCUGCAGUCUAGUUGAGCUGUUUAGCUUUCUAAAACAUCUUUGAAUUUAUAACUUUUCAUAAUCAAGAAUAGAUUUUUCUAAAAUCUUCUACUGAUUAAAUGACUUUCACAACACUGUGUAAAAAUGAGUUCUGUCUUUGUAUUGAUGCUGUUAUUAAGGGUUGAUAGACAUGUUUUAUUACGAGCAGAGCACCUCUAGAGGGAGAUGUUAGUAUGUUUUACAGUCUAGUUUAUUGAAUAAUGAAGUGUUAAAGGGAUAAUUCACAAAAAUAAAAAUUGUCUUAAUUUACUCACCUAAAUGUUGUUUCAAACCUUUAUGACUUCUGUGAAACAUUGAAGCUAUUUUGAGAAAUUAUUAUAAUUUCUUUUAAUUUAAUCACCGAAGCUGUUUGGUUACAGACA